UAAAGGCCUUAAAGAAUGGUAGUUACUGCCGGUGGUAUAAACCACACAACCGGAAUUAUCUCAACAAUUGUUUAUGUUGGAGGUGAUGAUGAGGAAGAAAAGAAAGAAAAAGAAAAAAAGGAAAAGAAAAGUAAAAAACAAGAUGGCACUAUUGAAAAUCGUAACAAAGCAAAAGCUCAGGAUGGUGCAGCCAUGGAAAUGCAACCUUUGAAGAGUGAAGACGGUGGUGAUAGUGAUGAGAAAAAAAGAAACAAUAUGCCCAAGAAAGAGAAAUCAGUCCUGCAAGGAAAACUAACAAAAUUAGCGGUUCAGAUUGGCAAAGCAGGAUUGCUGAUGUCCGCCGUCACAGUCAUCAUUCUUGUAUUGUAUUUUGUAAUUGAUACCUUCUGGGUUCAGAAACGACCUUGGCUUGCUGAAUGUACCCCAAUAUAUAUUCAGUAUUUUGUGAAGUUCUUCAUCAUUGGUGUUACUGUCCUAGUUGUGGCAGUUCCAGAGGGUCUUCCACUUGCAGUUACUAUUUCACUGGCUUACUCUGUAAAGAAAAUGAUGAAAGACAAUAACUUGGUCAGACAUCUGGAUGCUUGUGAAACAAUGGGUAAUGCAACUGCCAUUUGCUCAGAUAAAACGGGAACACUGACAAUGAACAGAAUGACAGUGGUCCAGGCUUAUAUCAAUGAAAAACAUUAUAAAAAAAUCCCCGAACCAGAAGUUAUUCCUGAGAAAACUUUGUCUUACCUUGUAACAGGAAUCUCAGUUAACUCUGCUUAUACUACCAAAAUUCUGCCUCCUGAAAAAGAAGGUGGUCUACCCCGCCAUGUUGGUAACAAAACUGAAUGUGCCUUGCUGGGGCUGCUUCUAGAUCUGAAACGAGAUUAUCAGGCUGUUAGAAAUGAAAUACCAGAAGAGACACUUUACAAAGUCUACACCUUCAACUCUGUUAGAAAAUCCAUGAGUACUGUGUUGAAGAACUCUGAUGGAAGCUUCCGGAUAUUCAGCAAGGGUGCCUCCGAGAUAGUACUUAAAAAGUGCUUUAAGAUACUGAGUGCUAAUGGGGAACCGAAAGUAUUCAGACCAAGGGACCGUGAUGAUAUAGUAAAAACUGUGAUUGAGCCCAUGGCCUCAGAGGGACUGAGAACCAUAUGUCUGGCAUUCAGAGACUUCCCAGCCGGAGAACCUGAGCCAGAAUGGGACAAUGAAAAUGACAUUGUUACAGGUCUUACAUGCAUUGCUGUUGUAGGCAUUGAAGAUCCUGUGAGACCUGAGGUACCAGAUGCAAUAAGAAAAUGCCAGCGUGCUGGUAUAACUGUGCGUAUGGUUACUGGUGACAAUAUUAACACUGCCCGUGCUAUUUCUUUAAAAUGUGGCAUUUUGCAUCCUGGUGAAGACUUCCUUUGCCUAGAAGGCAAAGAGUUCAACAGAAGAAUACGUAAUGAAAAAGGAGAGAUAGAACAGGAACGAAUAGAUAAAAUUUGGCCGAAGCUUCGUGUGCUUGCAAGGUCUUCCCCAACUGACAAACACACCCUAGUAAAAGGUAUAAUAGACAGUACAGUUUCAGAACAGAGGCAGGUUGUCGCCGUGACUGGUGAUGGAACCAAUGAUGGCCCAGCAUUGAAAAAAGCGGACGUUGGCUUCGCUAUGGGUAUUGCGGGAACAGAUGUUGCUAAAGAAGCUUCUGAUAUUAUUCUUACAGAUGACAACUUCACAAGCAUUGUUAAAGCAGUUAUGUGGGGACGAAAUGUAUAUGACAGUAUUUCCAAGUUCCUUCAGUUCCAGCUUACUGUCAAUGUAGUAGCCGUAAUUGUUGCUUUCACAGGAGCAUGUAUUACGCAAGAUUCUCCCUUAAAAGCUGUGCAAAUGUUAUGGGUAAAUCUUAUAAUGGACACCCUGGCCUCUCUUGCUUUGGCAACGGAACCCCCCACAGAGGCUCUCUUGCUUCGGAAACCAUAUGGUAGAAAUAAACCUCUCAUCUCACGCACAAUGAUGAAAAAUAUUCUGGGCCAUGCUUUCUACCAGCUUGUGGUUGUUUUCACACUCCUUUUUGCAGGUGAAAAAAUAUUUGACAUUGACAGUGGAAGAAACGCACCACUGCACGCUCCUCCUUCAGAGCACUAUACUCUUGUAUUUAAUACGUUUGUGAUGAUGCAACUCUUUAAUGAAAUAAAUGCCCGAAAAAUUCAUGGUGAAAGAAAUGUAUUUGAAGGAAUUUUCAAUAAUGCUAUCUUCUGUACUAUAGUUCUCGGCACAUUUAUUGUACAGAUAAUUAUUGUGCAGUUUGGUGGAAAGCCUUUCAGUUGUUCAGAACUUACAGUAGAACAGUGGCUAUGGUCAGUUUUUCUAGGAAUGGGAACACUACUUUGGGGCCAGUUGAUAUCAACAAUUCCAACCAGCCAUUUAAAAUUUCUAAAGGAAGCUGGCCAUGGCACACAAAAGGAGGAGAUUCCAGAAGAAGAGUUAGCAGAAGAUGUCGAGGAGAUUGAUCAUGCUGAAAGAGAACUGCGACGUGGUCAGAUCUUGUGGUUUAGGGGCCUAAACAGGAUACAAACGCAGAUGGAUGUAGUGAAUGCUUUCCAGAGUGGAACUUCCAUUCAGGGGGCUCUAAGGCGGCAACCUUCCAUCGCCAGCCAGCAUCAUGAUGUAACAAAUAUUUCUACCCCUACACAUGUAGUGUUUUCCUCUACUACUACUGCUUCUACUACUGUGGGGUAUCCGAGUGGUGAAUGCAUUUCGUAGUUCUUUAUAUGAAGGAUUAGAAAAACCUGAGUCAAGAAGUUCAAUCCACAACUUUAUGACGCAUCCAGAGUUUAGAAUAGAAGAUUCUGAGACUCAUAUUCCCCUUAUUGAUGAUACUGAUGCUGAAGACGAUGCGCCAACAAA